AUGUUGUUGAAGCUUCAAGCAAAGUGGAGAGAGCUUAAAUGGAUUGCUUCUCUCUUGGUUUUGACAGUUUCUAUGUCGCUAUUUGGCUACCAUUUGGCGUCAUUUAUUCAGCCACAGCCUCUACCGCUACCCCAAAUUUCCAACUUUUCUGCGUUUGUGCCACCGUUGAUCACAGCCAAACAAAAACCUAACGACACUGACAACACUGAGGCUGAUGAUAGGAGAAAUUUGGCUAGAAUCCUAAGAGAAGCAUCGACGGAGGAGAAGACGGUGAUAGUGACAAUGAUGAAUCAGGCUUAUGCGGAGCGAGACUCAACGUUCGAUGUGUUUCUUGAGAGUUUUCGAUUCGGAAACGGCACGGAGAGGCUGCUCCGUCACGUUGUGGUGGUGUGUUUGGACGAUAAAUCUUACUCACGGUGCUUGGAGGUCUUCCCUCGCCGUUGCUUCUUGCUGAGGACUACCGGAAUUGAUUUCUCCGGCGAGAGGCUGUUCAUGAAGGGGGAUUAUCUCAAGAUGAUGUGGCGCCGAACCGAGUUCUUGGGUUCUUUGCUUAGCCUCGGAUAUAACUUCCUCUUCACGGACAUGGACACAGUGUGGCUUCGAGAUCCAUUUCCUCGAUUCAUUGCGGAUGUAGAUUUUCAGAUCGCUUGCGACCGCUUCAACGGAAACAGCAGCGACACCCGCAAUUACGCUAAUGGCGGAUUCAAAUACGUCAUUGCCAACCCAAGAACGAUCGAGUUCUACAACUAUUGGUAUGAGUCCAGACUAAGAUUCCCCGGAAAAAACGAGCAGGACGUAAUUAACAAGAUCAAAAACGAUCGAUACAUAAAAAAAAUGGGGCUCAAAAUGAGGUUUCUCCAAACGACACACGUUGGAAAUUUCUGCCAACAAGACUGGGAUAUUACCAAAGUUUGCGUAAUGCAUGGGAACUGUUGCAUUGGACAGGCUAAUAAGGUCAAGGAUUUGAGACAAGUUCUUGAGGAUUGGACCAACUUUUUUGCCAAUGGUGACCGGAAAAGAGGGUUUCGACAGCCGAUGAAUUGCCGGAGCAGUCUAAGGCGGAAGAGGCCUCACAUAGGUUAA